CGGGAGUCACUCAGCCACACUACGCGAGGCACCUUUAGAAAAAAAAGUCAUCGGGGAUCUUUUCCACCCCGAGCAACGACAACAAACAAGUAUAAGGCACGUCGAGGUGCGGGAGAGUGGUGCCCAGGAGGCCUAUAGGCGGUGCACUCAAGGCCAGCCUCGCCGAUCGAUGCGCGUGUCUGCGUGUCCGAUCGUCUGGUGUCCGAGGUCGCUGGUCGGUACUGGCGCCGGCUGCAGCAGUGGUGGUAGGCUUAUCUGGCCAGCCUAGCCCGGCCUACCCCACCCCGGCCUACUCCAGCCUACCCCCACCUUGCCUACUCCAGCCUACAUCAAUCCACUGUGUCCGGCUGCAAUCCCCGCCCACUUCCCACUCUGUUCCAUACCAUCCUUCCUUUCUUCUUAUUCCUUCUCCCACGUCUUCGUUACACCUUUCCUUCCUCCCAUUUUCUCCUGAGCGCCCACCACUUGCUGUAACCACUUCCUACCGUGUCCCAUCCCAUGCUUCCCUUCUUCCCUGUCCCCUCCUGACUACUACCUCAUCCUCCUGCUAUACAAUCCCAUCCCACCUACACCCUAUUCCAUCCCAUCCCCUUCCUCCUCGUGUAUAGACCUACCUUCACUCCCUGCUGCAAUCCCCCCUUCUGUCUCUCACACCCUUAUUAUUCUCCCUCGCUCCUUCCCAUGUCCUCUCCCUCAUACAACACCGGAUGCCUCCCUGCUGGCUACGGAAAACACUGAACGUCGAGUUAGGAUGGGCGGAUGAUGAUGUACCGUCGCCCUUCACUUCACUCGUCGGGGUCCUUCCUUCAGCCCAUCCCGGUCCAACACGUGCAAGGUGAAUGAGGCGAGGAACUGACGCCGCGGCUGCAAAUGAGCGCACAUCCGGCACACGUCGAAGGUGCAGUGCUGAGAGUGGAGGACCUGCACCGCCUUGGACAGGGGAUGUGGCCUUGUGAGCGGAUGCUGCCGGAAAAGGGUCUGGCCGGUUCCGGGAUGAGCAGCAGCUACGGGCCUCAGCAGCACUACUGUCUGCGCUGGAACAACCACCAGCACAACCUCCUCGGGGUGCUGGAGGCGGUCCUCAACUCUCAGCAGUAUGCGGACGUAUCUCUCUUCUGUGAGGGCCAUGUCCUCCGGGUCCACAAACUGGUGCUCCUGGCAUCCUCGGCGCACUUCGAAAGGAUCCUGCAGGCGUCGCCAGAGGGGCAGCAGCCGAUCAUUAUUCUGGAUGGCACCCGCUACGCAGACCUUCGCGCCCUCGUGGACUACAUGUAUCGCGGCGAGGUCAACAUUGAGCAGGACCAACUUUCCUCGCUGCUCAAGACCGCCGAGACACUCAAGAUAAAAGGCCUGGCCGAUGUGGCGAGCAAAGAAGAGGACGAUGGCGGCGGGGGGAAGGAGCGGCGACUGGAGGGCGUCUCGUCCUCCACGCCGCCCCCAGCGAAGAGACCCAAGCCUUCGCCCGUGGAGUCCGCCCUCAGCCUGGCUCAGGAGGGCCGGGAGCUGCGGGUCAGCGGCAGAGACAGUCGACCAGACCUGCGGGACGUCAGAGAUCUGCCCAACUUUAACAUGGUUCCCGGCGGCUACCCACGGCGCCCCCCAUCACCCCAGGGGCCCAACAUCCCCUCCUCGGGUUCCCUUACCCAGGCCCGCUCACUCCUCUAUUCCUCUUCUCUCAUCCCCCGUCCUUCCCCUAAAAGCCCCGGCCCCACCCUGCCAGCCCCGCCCUUCUUCCCCAGCGGCCUGGUGAGGCCACGAUCGCCUCACCCACAGUAUGACCCCACGGCCGGCUCCAGCCUCCUGCCGCCCCGCACGUCCCCUCAGUCCCCCGUGCCAGACCCUAAGAUGGUGCAGCAGCUGGGAGUACCCCCCUUUGGCCUGCCUUUCACCCUGCCGCUCCUGCACGACUCCAAGAAGAUGCUGGAGCGCAACCCUCACAAGCUUCCGCCGCCCCCGUCACACUAUGACCACCACGACGACAAGGAUCGCCACCUGCCGCUGUGGCCUCCGCGGGGCGCCUCAGAACACGACCUCGAGCGAGAACGGGAGCGAGAAAGAGAACGUGAAAGAGAACGAGAAAGAGAACGAGAGAGAGAACGUGAAAGAGAACGUGAGAGAGAACGAGAACGAGAAAGAGUAAGGGAUCGAGAGCUAGAAAGAGAAAGAGAACGGGAGAACAUGAGGCUUUCAGAAAAAGAACUAGAACGAGACAGGGAGAGGGAGCGAGAACGAGAACGAGAGAACGAAAAACAUUUACCACAACAGCAGUCACAGCAGCAGCAGCAACAACAGCAACAGUCACAGCCACAGCUGCCGCCACAUCCACAGCAGAAGACACAGCAACAGCAACAACAACAGCAGCAACAGUCACAGCCACAACAGCAGCAAACACAUCAGCACCCUCAUCAAAAGCCACAGCAGCAGCAGCAGCAAGAAGCGAACGAGAGGAAGACGCCCACUCAGGACUGUGACAGGAGACACGACGACGACAAAUCCCUGAGUCCAACUGACAAGGACAGUCUCUCUCCUCCCGAGGACGCCAUCCUAAGCAAGACGGAGCUGCUGACCCCCAAAGGUGAGAUGGGCGAGGAGGAGGAGGACAGCGGGCUGGGCCCCGGCGGCCGUGACAACGGGACGUCAGACAUCACCAACACCACCUCCCGCCAGCGCAAUCUCUCUACCUCGUCCUCGGGGAACACCUCCACAGUGGAGUUGGUGAAGUGCCCGUAUUGUCCCCGCUCCUACCGGCACCAGAACAACCUGCGAACGCACAUCCGAUGCUUCCAUAAGGGUGUCAGGAUCCCGUGCCCCAUCUGUCAUCGAGGCUUCACCCGCUGGUUCACGGUGCGUUGCCACAUUGCCCGAGAGCACCAGAAUGUUGACUUCUCGCGGCCUGAGGCACUGCCCGCCCAGUUGCGUCGCGCCCUCUACCCUCCCUACCCUGAGUAGCGGGUCCGUCCUGUCGCCGACACCAGCUCCUGAGUCUCCCAGCAAAUUAGGAUUACAGUGCAGGCGGGUUGUUCACCGUCCACACAGACACCGCUGCACUAAUGUAAUCCCACUAACUCUCAUGAGUGUGCGUCAGCCUGGUUGGUGGUCCAGGGCGGGAUGCAUUGUCUGACCCACCAUACGUGAACCUGUCUGUGGCAACGAGCGUGGGUGCUACGUGGUGCUCUGUUCAGACGGCCGCCGAGCCUCAAGCUAUUCAUGUGUGGCUGAGCGACCUGUAGACAGCGAAUGCAAGACCUGCGAGGCCUCGCCAGCCUCCCGAGUAUUGUUGGUGGGCUGUAGGUGAUGAUAGUGAUAGUCAGACUGUCGGAUUCGCUCUAGGGUCUUAGCUGUGCUUGUGAAGCACGCUAAACUGUGUUAUAUAUGGUUCAUGGCCGGUGUUCAUGUAGCUUCAAGUGUGCUAAUAUCAUAAUCCCAAUAGCAUAAGCGUGGAGUCGUCAUGCGAAUCUUGUUAACUGUAGGUUUUAUUUGAAAUGAUUAUAUUUUAUAGGAAACUAAUCACAAAUCCAUGAAGGGAAGGUAUGUUUUUUUUCUGUUCAUAAUAUAGAGAUGAUUUCCGGUGUGGGUGCCUUAUGCUCAACAAAGCAAGCAUGCACAAAUGUUUGUAGAUAUACAGUAUUAUUUUUAUAGAUGCCAACAGUAUCCCUCCAGCAUAACACAAAAGUGGUCAGAGCCGGGAGCAAGUGUGGCGUAGCCCUGCGCGGCAGAGAGGCGCUGCCGCCCAGCCCGCGGCCCCUGGCACGGGCGUGGCGGGCGGCAGGCGGCAGGGGCCAGCAGCCUCGGUGCUGCGCCUCCCUCCCGCACAGCCGCGAGGCCCUAUAGAACAAGAUGCUCAGGUAUCCACGCUGGGUCACGGCCCAUCCUCAUCUACCUCAGGUUUCGUAUCCUUCUAGUGGUAACAGCACCUUCCUUGCUCACUCAGCCACGUACACAUUACGAGUAAACAUCUUUGCCCACCUCAAAAUAAAAGCUCUUAUUUUUUAUGACUGCUGAACAUCUUCCAGGGAAACCGUACAAAGCAACUAAACUAUAUUUUGUAUAACUCGUUAGUCAGUGGCAUCACCAUAUAAUAUAUAUAUGAGCCUGCCUCCAUUAUAGAGAUGUUAGUGUUUACCAAAAAUGAAGUCAUAAGAAAGUUUUUAGAUGAUACUUAACUCUCCUUUAGUAACAGUCGUUCAAUAUAUAUAUAUAUAUAUAUAUAUAUAUAUAUAUAUAUAUAUAUAUAUAUAUAUAUAUAUAUAUAUAUAUAUAUAUAUAUAUAUAUAUAUAUUCAGGGAAAAUGAAGGCUAACCUAACUCAGGAAAAAUGCGGUCACAUUCUUAGACAAAGUGAAGCAAACAUGUCGCUUUCAAGAGUAUCAGCCGCGUCGCAACUUGCUAGUUACUAGUACAACAUUCUUAUUAAAGAUUAUUCCCUGUCAUUCAGUAUUGCUCAAGUCAAGGAAGGAAGAAGUCAGUUAUUUAGCAACCUCGGUCACACUGGUGCUCCAAGAGAGAGUUUGUUUACCGUCGGGACACUUCCUCACGCAGACACCCCCUCCCCCCACCCCCACCCCCUGCUGCCGUUGUCACCACUGCUGAGGCGGACUGUCGAGGCACCGCUCCAUGGACUGCUUGGCCGAAGGUCCGCCUCGCCAGUGCCGGCAAGUGGCUCACACAUUCCAUUUAGUUUGCUGGGUGUUCUCAGCGGACCUCAGCGCUCCUCACUCCGAUCACAAGGAGACCAAACACUCGAUUCAUUUUGCUGCCGAAAAAAGUACCGAAAAAAGUAACGUUUAUGUUUGCUAAGUCAGUCCUUUGUACUGGAAAUAUGUCGUUACUUAAGUGUUUGACAGCGAAAAAUAAACAUUGUAAUAACUUUAAAAUGGUCGCGGUGAUUCUACUCUCGUCCGGCAAAUCCCAAGUCGAGGUCUGCGCCGCGGUUGUCUGCUGCCGUCGUGAGGUGGUGCGUCAAAAAAACUUUUUUUUUUUCGUUACAAAAUUCAUAUUCCCACAGUUCUCGAACAUUCUUCUCAGGAUUCCUAAUACAAACGUGUAUCUUUGUGAAUAUUUUGAUCUGUAUACACUGUUGCAAUAUGCGUGUUUAUAUUAGUUGGUGUAUGAGUUUAGUUUUAGGUGUGGCCGCUUUUGCAUAGCCGUAAUGCAUGUGGUGGAUAGUCGCAAGGACCUCACAGGGGCCGACCGUGUGCAGCAGCGCGAGACAAGACUCCCAAACUGUUACUUAGCUGCCGCACCCCCAACAGACAACAUACGUACGUUUUGGUGAACAGUAACAACAGUAGUACCCUGCCCACGACGAAUACCAGUCACAACCUCAGGAUUCCUUGUUUGCGUUCCUUUAUACCUUAUCCCCCCCUCCCCCCAAUCGCUGCCAGAAGGAAGCUCCUCUGCUUGCACCUCAGAACAUGUGAUAUACUGACGCCCAGUUCAGACAUCCCUGUGUGGUCCUAGUAGAUUUAACACAUAAUAUAUCUUUAUACAUUGAUUUCCCAUGUUCCUCAUUAUUAGCCAAAUGUGUGUAUAUAUAUCCAUGCUCCCAGUGCUCUGACCUGUAUUGUGUACUCUCUGAAUCAUCGGGAAGUGGCAGCGAGGUGCAGACAGGCAGAAGGAACUCUGUCACAAUCAGUUUCGGUGUUCUAUUCGGGUCGGUGGGUGCGAGCUCUCUCUGCACCGGUCCAGCUCCUCCGCCACCCGGCUUGGUCCACUGUAAAGGCCAGUAUGUAGUAUAUUGUUGUUACUUCGGGAGUUUGAAACGCUGGAUAUGCAGAGAAGACUGAUUGUGUCGAGACGGCCUCCCCCGCGCCGCCCCUCGCUGCCGCCGAGGGUGAUCAGUAUACAAUAGUCAGUUUUCAGUACAAACAAGAGUACUAUUUCUGAUCUACCUCACAUUUUAGGUUCUGAAAGUUUGUAUUAUAUUGUUUACAGAUUUAUUUUACUAUAUACCUGCCUGACACUGACGGUGGCUACCUCCACCUACUAAUGUGUGUGUGUGUGUGUGUGUGUGUGUGUGUGUGUGUGUGUGUGUGUGUGUGUGUGUGUGUGUGUGUGUGUGUGCAAAUUCUAUACAUGAGUGAAUUACUGUCGGUGAACACGUGUGCUUUUGUGACCAUAGAGCUCAACAAAAUAUUUCUUAAACCCACUCCUAUGUUACCAGUCAGUCACGUGGCGUGGCAUCUCUGUAGGGUAAAAGUGUUCAGUAUAUUGUAGCAUGUCACACGUUGUUGCCGAUGUGAGGACUGACGCAGCCUUGACGACAGGAAGCCUGUGAGCGGCCCUGUGACCCCGGUUGAGGGAGCGGGACUCUGCCACGCAGACACAGUGGCCUGACUGUCGCGUGCUCAGCCCCAAGAGUUUCCGGGUCAGCCUGGCCACACUGACGCCUGACAGACAAACAGACACCAGACAAACUUGGCCAACUUGACGCUCAGCGGAUCCCGUCUAGGAUAAUAAUUAAUCAGGUUUAGGAUUCUCUCCAGGAGCCGCCAAGGCCCUGGCUAAAUCUUGGCAAGGGAUCGACAAGAGUGUGAAUAUCCUUGUUAAAACUUGAAACAAAUUUUAGCGUAGCCCAUUCAGGGACCACACUUAUCUUUGUAGAAUAGGAACGACUGCAUUUAUGCAUCGCCUGUAAAAAAGAAAAUUGGGUAGGAGUUUUACGUAUUUUGUUAAAUUAUUUAAUAAAUACACUAAAUAACAUGUUUUAUGUUAGUUUGUUUGUUUGUUUCAUAAUAAAUUAAUGUAGGCUCGAGAUAUUAUGGGGCUAGUGUCUCGCAGGUGACCCGCUGCCCCCCCCCCCCCCCCCCC